GUUUGUGCUGCUGGCAGAAUGCUAGUUCCGGCAUUAACUGAGAAGAGAAGAGUCCCUUGGUGAACAAGUAUACAACCGGGAUAUUCAAGCGAAUAAAUGCCACCAAGUAUGACUGAGAGCUCGGCGAAUAAGUUGGUAAAUGGAGAUGUUUGCCACCGGACCGCAAACGGUAAAAAAUCUUCGGGAAGGAACGGUUUCGUGAAGAAUCAUUGUUUGUUCCAACAACCGCAACAGAAGAAGUAUCGGCGCCCGAGUGAGAAGAACAACCAUGUUGUGCGUAACACCAGCCUGUACAACAGGCCGUUUGUGGAGCAGUUUGAGGAGACUCCUCUGCUUGUGGCGGUUCUCACCUACGUGGGCUACGGCAUCCUCACCAUCUUCGGGUACCUCAGAGACUUCCUCCGCAACUGGGGCGUCGAGAACUGUCACGUGGCCAGAGAGAGGGACGAACAGAAGGACUUUGUUCCGCUGUACCAGGACUUUGAGAACUUCUACACCAGGAAUCUAUACAUGCGUAUCCGUGACAACUGGAACAGGCCUAUCUGCAGUGUCCCUGGAGCCAAGAUGGACCUGGUGGAGAGAACCUCCAAAGACUACAACAGGACGUUCGAACACACAGGCAAGGUGGUGAAAGACGUGAUCAACAUGGGUUCUUAUAACUACCUGGGCUUUGCUGAGAACACUGGGAGGUGUGCUGACAAUGCCACAGGGUCAACACACAAGUACGGUGUGGGAGUGGGCAGCACCCGCUCUGAGAUGGGUAACCUGGACAUCCAUGAGGAGUUGGAGCAGCUGGUUGCUAGGUUCCUGGGGGUGGAGUCAUCCAUGGCGUUUGGGAUGGGCUUCGCUACCAACUCUAUGAACAUUCCUGCUCUCGCUGGGAAGGGCUGUUUGAUUCUGAGUGAUGAGUUGAACCACGCCUCUCUGGCGCUGGGGGCGCGGCUCUCUGGCGCCACCAUCCGCGUCUUCAAACACAACAAUAUGGUGAGUCUAGAGAAGCUGUUGAGAGAUGCCAUUGUUCACGGCCAGCCCAGAACACACAGGCCCUGGAAGAAGAUGCUAAUUCUGGUCGAGGGAAUCUACAGUAUGGAGGGCUCUAUAGUACGUCUGCCUGAGGUGAUAGCCCUGAAGAAGCAUUAUAAGGCCUAUCUGUACCUGGAUGAGGCCCAUAGCAUCGGAGCUCUCGGACCACGAGGUGGAGGGGUGGUGGACUACUUUGGUCUGGACCCCAAAGACGUUGACAUCAUGAUGGGAACAUUCACGAAGAGCUUUGGUGCUGCUGGAGGAUACAUCGGAGGGAAGAGGGAGUUGAUAGACUACCUGCGGUCCCACUCCCACAGUUCAAUCUAUGCCACGGCCAUGUCCCCUCCCGUGUCACAACAGAUCAUCACCUCUAUGAAGAUCAUCAUGGGAGAGGACAACACCAGUCUGGGGGCGGAGCGUCUAAAGCAGUUGUCAGAAAAUACCACCUACUUCCGAAGGAAACUCAGAGAGAUGGGAUUCAUCAUCUACGGAAACAAUGACUCUCCUGUCGUACCCAUGAUGCUCUACAUGCCCGCCAAAAUAGGGGCGUUUGGCAGGGAGAUGCUGAAGAGGAACAUUGGGACGGUGGUGGUUGGCUUCCCUGCCACACCCAUCAUAGAGUCCAGGGCCAGGUUCUGUGUGUCUGCCGCACACACCAGGGACAUGCUGGACACGGCAUUGGAGGCCAUCAGUGAGGUUGGGGAUGUGUUGCAGCUGAAGUACUCCAAACAUCAUGAUUUCCCCUCCUCCCUGGGUCCAUGGUCCUCUGCGGAGAGUCUGCUCCUGGAGCCCAGCCACGUCAAGCCUUCUUGUCAUAUAACUAACUGAACCAGCUACACCAGGCAUACUUGCACCUUUGUUUGUUUUUGCACUUACCUGGUGCACCGGCUCUAAAUCAGUCCCUGACUAAAGAAUGAAAAUGUAGAAGUGGAACUUAGGGGAUUUGAGUAUCUCUACACUACACUACAGUGGGGUAGGGAUAAAAGAAAGUCACCAAGGUCCUAUCGUGUGUGUAAGCCCCUAUCGUUGUCUUAAUGUUCGUUUCGAAGUGUGUAAGCCCCUAUCGUUGUCUUAAUGUUCGUUUCGAAGUGUGUAAGCCCCUAUCGUUGUCUUAAUGUUCGUUUCGAAGUGUGUAAGCCCCUAUCGUUGUCUUAAUGUUCGUUUCGAAGUGUGUAAGCCCCUAUCGUUGUCUUAAUGUUCGUUUCGAAGUGUGUAAGCUCCUAUCGUUGUCUUAAUGUUCGUUUCGAAGUGUGUAAGCCCCUAUCGUUGUCUUAAUGUUCGUUUCGAAGUGUGUAAGCCCCUAUCGUUGUCUUAAUGUUCGUUUCGAAGUGUGUAAGCCCCUAUCGUUGUCUUAAUGUUCGUUUCGAAGUGUGUAAGCCCCUAUCGUUGUCUUAAUGUUCGUUUCGAAGUGUGUAAGCCCCUAUCGUUGUCUUAAUGUUCGUUUCGAAGUGUGUAAGCCCCUAUCGUUGUCUUAAUGUUCGUUUCGAAGUGUGUAAGCCCCUAUCGUUGUCUUAAUGUUCGUUUCGAAGUGUGUAAGCCCCUAUCGUUGUCUUAAUGUUCGUUUCGAAGUGUGUAAGCCCCUAUCGUUGUCUUAAUGUAUCUUAACUUAUUGUGAAUUAUUAUUUUUUUUGUGUUGGACCUAAAUGUUGAAUCUUAUUUCCGUGUUCCAACUGCAUUAUGGGGGCUUCUAAUGCAAUAAUAAUAACAAGAUGGGGAGGAAGAAUUUGUUUGGUUGUACCAAUGGAGUUAACGAAUCAGAGAAAUGGAAUCCCUAGAACCGCGAUCUACAUUUUGUUCUAGGGAUUACAUUUCUAGGAUAACAGCAGAAGUUAUAAUGCAAGAAAGAAGGAAAUAAAUAAUAUAUAGCAUUCAUGACUAAUAGGGCAACAUAUAGGCUUCAUAUCAAAUGAGGUACACCGUCAAGUGUAGCUUAUUAUAUAUUGAACUUUCCACUCUGAUCGGUGUGUUAGACUUUAAUAUUGUCACGGGGGUUCUUUCCCUGACCGGUGUUGAUAUUAUCUGCUGUUUACACAGUAAAUGAACAGGUAAAAUGUCUUGGACCUAUUAUCAGAGCUAAUCCUCUCUCGCUCUAUCUCUCUCUGUGUGUGUAAGCUACAUAUUUCACCAGUUUAGAAGAAUAGGGUAAGAACCCUUUUGAAGAGCUGCCAUGUUGUGAAUAUUUCAUUUAUAUAUAUAUAUUAUAUAUUACAGCUUUUUUUCUAUCAUUCUUCAGCCUUAGAUAUUUAGUGUUUAUGCCUGCACUCGAAUGACUUAAGCCCAAAUGUCUUAAAUAUGUCUAUACGCUCUAGCGUAUUUAACAUGUCUAUACGCUCUAGCGUAUUUAACAUGUCUAUCGCUGAAGAGUCUUUAAUAUUUCUAUAAGCUUGAUAAGAGCCAUGUCGUGUGAAGUGUUUCUCUUAGUGUUGGUAUCACGGACACCGAUUUUUAGGCUAGUCCUGGACUGAAAAAACUAUUUGAAUGGAGAUUCUUGGCUUAAUCUGUGUCCGGGAAACUGACCGUUACCGAAGAACCACGUGGUUUGAGUCUCUAACUGUAUAUCUUCUAAGUGCUUAUCUUAAUAACCAGUGUUGAUGUCUUAGUAAACUAUGACACGCUGGCCAUAAUAUGACCCACCUGUUUAUCUGUAUGUAUGAAGAUGAUGCAUCCUAGACAUGCUUCUCUGAUGUACAGAUAUGUCCUUAUUUGGUAAAACUUCCUAUUGAUACCUUCUUCACAGUGCAUUUAUAGUGCCUUAUGAGCUAUAUAUAAUGCACGACAUAGACAUACAGGAAGUGUUACGCCUUUAUUUAUUACAAAUGUCAUAUUUUGUUCAAUCUGCUCUAUUUUGUGGAAGAUGUUUCUAAUAAUGUCUCUGUGGCAGCUCCAAAUAAAGACACCUAAAGGGUUCUUUGGUUAUUUCUGUAUCAUCCUUUUUCAGUUCCAGGUAGAACCUUUUUUUUUUUUUUUUUUUUUUGGUUCCAGAACCUUUAACCAAAAGGUUCUUUUGAGGGUUCUUUGUUGGGUGAAAUAGUUCUGCCUGGAAGCAAAAUGGUUCUACAGGGACAGCAAAAGAAACCUUUUUAGGAACACUUUUGAUGGAGUAUGUGUGUCUUAAUGACAGUGCUAGUACUACUGACAGGCAUCGGUAAUAUACAGAUGAUGUAGCCUCACUGAAAUGACAGGCUUUACGGCUGGCUAACUGACGCUUGGUUUAAACAAAGCAUCUUUUCCCGCCAACGGUCUUCCACAAUGAUUCUUCUCUAAUAUGGCAUUCCAGAAUUGGCUGAUUUUGUGUUUUAAUUUGAGUUUGUUUUGUUUAAAUGUUAUGUUUGACUUUCCAUGGCUCAAUUUAUGGGUCAGUUCAAGUAUAAUAUUGUCUUUAGUCACAUAUCCAGUUUGUAGUGCGUGUGAGUGUACAUAAUUUUUAUUUGUAUUGGAAGUAGAAAUAUGUGGAAGAGAGCUGCGGUUAGCACUGUGAUCAUUCCACUACUACAAACUCCUUAUUAAACUAUCGCUGAGA